AUGAAACUUUUAUUAUCACGUCUUAAAAGAGAAUUACAAGAAAAAACUCAACAACCAAAACAAAGUUUAAUUGAUCUUGAAUUAGCUGAUUAUGAAAAAACAAUUAAAACAUUAAAAGAUAAUUUAACAUAUAAAGAUAAAGAAAUUCAAGAUUUGCGUGAUGAUUUAACAAAUCUUAAUGAAAAACAUCUUUCUCUUAAACAAGAAACUGAAAAUUUAGAACAACAAAAAUUACAAACUGAAGAACGUGCUAAUAAAUUUAAAACAUUAUUAGAUACAACUAAAAAAGAAUUACAUGAUGCUAAAGAUCUUGAACAACAAAGAUAUCAAAAUGAUGAUAAUCUACGAACAUUAUUUGAUAAAUUACAAAUUGAAUUAGAUAAUAAUAAAGUAACUAUUAGUCAAUUACUUUCCGAAAAACAACAAUUAAUUGAACAAUUAAAUAAACAAAGUGAAACCAAUCAGAGAACAAUUAAUUUACUUGAACAAAAUUUACGUAUUGCAAACCAUGAUUUGGAUGUAGCUAAACAGGAUUAUGAAACACUUCAAGAUGAUUUUAAUAAUUAUAAAAUUCGAGCACAAAGUGUUCUUAAACAACAACAACAACAACAAUCUACUCAACGUGAACGUAUGCCAUCAAUAGUUAAUAAACAAACUGAAUUGGAAGAAACAAUUGAAAAAUUAAAAACAACUCUUAAGGAAGCAAAUAAUAAAAUUCAAUCAUUAAUAUCUGAAAAUGAAAUAUUACAGAAAGAACAAGAUCGUCUGAACGAAGUACAAACGAAAAUAAUUAAUGAAUCAAGAAAACGUGAACAAGAUCUUCGAAAACAACAUCAAAUGGAACUUGAGAAAAUAGAAAAUGAUUGUUUAAAACGAACGAAUGAUAGUCAUGAUAUGAUGAAAAGUGUAACACUUCAAAAUGAAACACUUUCAACAACAUUUAAAGAACAAAUAGCUGCAAUUGAAACUGAUCAUGAACGUUCAAUAUCAAUUUUACAAAAUCAAUUACAAGCAUCAAAACAAGAAAUUGAACAAUUAAAAAAUCGUAUUGAAUUAUUACGACAAACAACAAAUGUUGACAAUGAAAAAGAAUCUACUCAGAUGGUAUUUAAUAAUGAUAUUACUAAAGAUGAUAUUCCAUGGACUUAUUCAGAACGUCAACAAGGAGAAGGAUCUGAAUCAGCUAGUGUUGAUUAUCAACCAGCCGAUGUUGCUGUUAAAACUUUAGAAAAUGUUCUAUUCGGCAAUACUAACACUAAUCAAUUAUCAUCAUCAAAUCUGGAUAAACCUCGUCAUAUACUUUUCGAAGAUGUUGAAUUAGAACGUCAACGUAUUGAAGAAGAACUUAAUAAAACAAAAUAUCGUUUACAUAAUACAAAUGAACUUCUUAAUGAAUCUGAAUUAAAUAAUGUACGUUUAAGUGAACAAGUAUCAUUACUUAAAGAUGAAAUACGACGUAUUGAACGUAAUAUGGAUCGUGCUGAAUCAAUAUCAAAUUUAGAAUAUUUAAAAAAUAUUAUUUUAAAAUUUUUUAUAUUAAAAUCUACACAUGAACGUUUACAAACAAUACCUGUUCUUGUUACAAUGCUUAAAUUAAGUCCUGAUGAACAAGCUCAACUUGUCCGUGUCGCACAACAAACAACAUCCAUUGUAGAUACAUCAACAAAUAAUGAAUCUAAUACAUCACAAGUCACUAAUAGUACUAAUUCAAGUUCUUCUUCUUCUUGGAGUUCGUAUUUAAAUAUGUGGUGA